AUGAGAGUUCCCCCCCACGCAACGGCACAUCUUCUACUUCUUGGGGGGCUUGGCAAUACUGAACAUACCCUUGUUCGAGACGGCCACGUUCUACACGUCUACGCUCCAAAUGGGCCCGGCGUUGAGCAAGAUAGAUCUACGAUUGAGAUUCUUACCUACGUUAUUGGUCUUCUGGAAACUCUUCUCCACACUAUUGAUUUCACGCAAACGGCGACAGCGUUCUUGGUCCGUCGAAAGGAUGGGCAUAUCCUUAUACCAAAGAAAUUACGGCCCAAAACCUUUAAAAUUACUUAUCCGACCUGGGAGCGCCUCAUCGAUGAGCGUGAAAUUGAAAUUACUGAUUGGAUAUCUGCAGAGAAUCGGAAAGGGAGAUGGAAUAAUAUGGACAUCGAAAUCUGGUAUGGUUACGAAGAUCGCUAUCUGACAUUUGUCCAGAGGGCCAUGAUCUCCCUUGAUGCUUUGCGACGACGCAACUUGGAUUUGCAUUUCAAGGUCCUAGGACAUCUUAUUUGUGACAAUGAAGUUGUUGGGAUCGUCAUGGAAGUUAACGGUGGCCGAUAUGUUGAGCUUUGUGACCGAGCCUUGGCAUACAACGCGUUUCAGGAGCUACAAAAGCACAAUUUGCUCUUGUACUUCCCUGAGUUCAGCAUCGCCAACUUGAAAGUUGCUGAUGGCAAAAUACGCUUCCCGACCAGAAAUCUUCAGAAUCUGAAAGACGUCUCUCGCGAACGUGAUCCUGUGCGGCUGGCGCUCGCUCGACAAAGUCACUGGGAUGCCCUAGACUCAGUGAUGCGGACAUUUGACAAAGCUGUUUGUUUCCGUGGACUCAACCCCCACGGGAAGAAAGAGAUCGAUCAACAAAAUCUCGGUGCUCGUCUAUUGGCGUAUAUUCCUUUCCCAGAGCGACCACUCCUCCUUGAUAUCCAUUUUAGCACCGAUUAUAACUCCAAUAUCAUUUGGAACCGGCAUCGUCGAGCCAACACUCGAAAGACGCGAUUUCCUACCCUUAGUAAAUGUGACGAGCAUUGGGACACAGAACAUGGCAGAGAUGAAGGUGUGUCCAGCGUAUCUGUCAGUGCAGUGGCACUUUCCCGCACUUCCCGACGCCGGCAAGAACGCCAGUAUGAGCCUUAUCAUCGCCUGAAUAUACCUUAUUCCCCAGUGUGGUCAGAUGUCGGUGAUUCGGCGGGAACAGAAGCAUCUGAGGGAGAUUUGCAUGCUCAUUUUACGACUUUAUGA